GCGGCGCGUCUAGGCCGGUGCCGCUCGCGCUGCGCUAGCUCCCCACAAAGCGCCAGCUGAGGGGUCGCUGCGGACAGAGUGCGGCGGAGCCUGCCUGGAGCCCUUAGUCCCGGACGCCGCGUCGUCGGCUCGCCCGCGCUGUGUCGCCUCCCCGCGCGCGCCGAGGCCGGGCCGCCGCGCACGACCGUGCCGGGCCGGAGCCGCCGGCUGAGCGAGGACCAAGCGGCCGGGCCUGCGUGGGGCCGCGCGCGGCGGCGGCGGCGACUGCCCAGCCCCGCCAGACGGCGCAGAGCCAUGGCCGAGGCGGCCCCGGCUCCGACUUCUGAAUGGGACUCCGAGUGCCUUACAUCCCUGCAGCCCCUUCCUCUACCCACACCCCCAGCGGCAAAUGAGGCGCACUUGCAGACAGCAGCCAUCUCCCUGUGGACAGUGGUGGCUGCUGUUCAGGCUAUAGAACGGAAGGUGGACGUGCACAGCCGGCGACUCCUACACCUAGAAGGCCGGACAGGAACAGCAGAGAAGAAGCUAGCCAGCUGUGAGAAGACAGUGACGGAGCUUGGCAGCCAGCUGGAGGGCAAGUGGGCCGUGCUGGGCACCCUGCUGCAGGAGUACGGGCUGCUGCAGCGGCGCCUGGAGAACUUGGAGAACCUGCUGCGCAACAGGAACUUCUGGAUCCUGCGGCUGCCCCCGGGCGUUAAAGGAGAUAUCCCCAAGGUGCCUGUGGCAUUUGAUGAUGUCUCCAUCUACUUUUCCACUCCAGAGUGGGAAAAAUUAGAAGAAUGGCAGAAGGAACUUUACAAGAAUAUCAUGAAGGGCAACUACGAGUCUCUCAUCUCCAUGGAUUAUGCCAUGAAUCAGCCUGAUGUCUUAUCUCAGAUUCAACCAGAGGGAGAGCAUCAUACAGAGGAUCAGGCAGGGCCAGAGGAAAGUGAGAUUCCUGCAGACCCCAGCGAAGAGCCUGGUAUUUCAACCUCAGAUAUUCUGUCUUGGAUUAAACAAGAGGAAGAUCCUCAGGUUGGGGCCCCACAGGAGACCAAGGAGAGUGACAUAUACAAAAGCACAUUUGCUGAUGAAGAGCUUGUCAUCAAAGCUGAAGGCCUUGCGAGAGCCUCCUUGUGCCCUGAGGUCCCAGUCACCUUCUCUUCUCCACCACCGGCAGCAAAGGAUGCUUUUUCAGAGGUGGCUUUCAAAAACCAGCAGUCUGCACCUGUGACACCUUUUGGACGUCCAGCCCCUGACCUGCCUGAAGCCUCUGAGGGACAAGUGACUUUCACUCAGUUGGGUAGCUACCCUCUCCCACCCCCAGUGGGGGAGCAGGUGUUUUCAUGCCACCACUGUGGCAAGAGCCUCAGCCAAGACAUGUUGCUCACGCACCAGUGUAGCCAUGCUGGUGAGCACCCCUUACCCUGUGCCCAGUGCCCUAAGCACUUCCCCCCUCAGGCUGACCUUAGUAGCACCUCCCAAGACCAUGCCAGUGAGACGCCGCCCACCUGCCCGCACUGCGCGAGGACUUUCACUCACCCAUCAAGGCUCACCUACCAUCUUCGGGUCCACAAUAGCACUGAGCGCCCUUUCCCCUGCCCUGACUGCCCCAAGCGUUUUGCCGACCAGGCCCGACUCACCAGCCACCGACGAGCUCAUGCAAGCGAGAGGCCCUUCCGCUGCACCCAGUGUGGCCGAAGCUUCAGCCUAAAGAUCAGCCUCCUGCUCCACCAGCGUGGCCAUGCACAGGAGCGGCCUUUCUCCUGCCCUCAGUGUGGCAUUGACUUUAACGGCCACUCGGCCCUGAUCCGCCACCAGAUGAUCCACACGGGCGAACGCCCUUACCCGUGCACUGACUGCAGUAAGAGCUUCAUGCGCAAGGAGCACCUGCUGAACCACCGGCGGCUGCACACGGGAGAGCGGCCCUUCAGCUGCGCUCACUGCGGCAAGAGCUUCAUCCGCAAGCACCACCUCAUGAAACACCAGCGCAUCCACACGGGCGAGCGGCCCUACCCCUGCUCCUACUGCGGCAGAAGCUUCCGCUACAAACAGACGCUCAAGGACCACCUGCGUUCAGGCCACAGCGGAGGCUGCGGAGGUGACAGUGACCCAUCUGGGCAACCGCCCGACCCUCCUGGUCCCCUUUUACCUGGGCUGGAAACCUCCGGCCUAGGCGUUAACACCGAGGCUCUAGAGACCAACCAGUGGUAUGGGGAAGGAAGUGGAGGGGGAGUUUUGUAAACCUCUGUGGCUUCAUGGUUAUCUGUACUCACAGCAGGGCAGAAAACCCAAGAGAAGGCCCAGGAGCCCCUGUGUCACCCAUGCUAUUGAGUGCAUGAAGGAAUUUGGGGCCCUCUACAUUUGACUAGAAGCAUACUUGUGUCAGAACUUCACAAUAUUACAAGAAACCAUGUUUGAAACCCAGAAAGACCUGGGAAGGAGCCCAACAUCCUCAUCUUUUCAAAGAUACUACAAAAGCAGAAGUUAGAAUGUUGCAGAGAGCUUGGAAAGCAAGAUUUGGCCUUUGGUUGUCCUGUUGUCUUUUACCACUGAGUAACAGAUUAAUAAUAGUUUGCAUCUCUAGAUAGACAGGUGCAGAGGAAGCACCUCCAAAGCUUAAAGCCCAUCAUGAGACAUGAGAAUGUUUAACUAAAAUCCUUUCAUUCAUUCCUUGAUAGGUAAGAUGGUUAACGGGAGAAAAUGCUUAAACCACCAUUCAUGUUACUGUUUCCUAUCUCAAAACCAGCUAAGAUCUGUUCACGCAUCCCUGUAGCUGCCUUUGCUGAAAUAUAAUAACUCAAGACUGCCUUCCUGGGUUUCCUAAAUUGAUUCUUCUAAUACAUUGUAUUUAAUAUUGGGUGAAAAAGAAAUUUGACUUUAAAAGCAAGGGCAUCAGUUAUUUUACUGGCUUGAAUUGAAACUUGUGGUUUCUUGUACUUGCAUUUAAACUGCUAGAAACCUUUGCCAAGGUCCUGUUUAAAAAUUGGGAGUGGUGUUCUCAGCCCUAUCUUUAAAAGCUGGAGAUCCCAGAGAAAUAGCUGGCAUAGCAAUGACAGCUCAGCCUAAAAUGUGUGCUUGCACCGUGUUUUUAGAGUCAUUUAUGUCAAGUUCUCCCUUAUCUUUUCCAAGCCUGUGAGCUUGCUUUUCCGUUUUUGCUCUUUGAUAUUCUUGACAAUCAUCAGCAACAAAGAUCACAGCACUUUCUAAAAGUAUUACGGGGUUUCAGAAAGUGCCAGUGAACCUUCAGCUUUUACUUCCUCGGUAGUGAGAUGAUAGUGGUGUUGAAAUGCAGCUUUCCUGAGCCAGUAUAGAGUGUAAGUUCACCCCAUCUGGCUCUGCCCUGUUGACAGUAGAUUGAGGAACUUCCUAGAUCACUGAGAGCUAAGCACUGUCUAUAGAUAAGGACAGCCUGUUCCUGCUUGUUUUGCUUUUAGGGAUCUUGGCUACCAUGUGUUUUCUCUGGGGCAUUCAAUCACCUGGGAGCGUCUGAACCUUUUACUAUUCCUAAGUGACUUUGCACCUGGGUAUAAGUCCUUUUCCCUUUAGAGAUCUCAAAUUUUGACUUGCAAAAUGAGGUUGUUGAAAGCAAAGAAAUGAACCUUUAGAAACUAAAAAGAAAGAAAACCUUGUGAUACAUUCCUUCUCCUGCCAAAAUUCUGUCUGUAUCUUUGGCUUCUGUCCACACAAAGCCAAAUAAAACAGCAAAAUCAAAGCAGAGAA